AUGGAAGUCUCUGGACCUAAGGAGAACAUCAAGCCCUUGCGUGAGAAGUAUCCGAAGGUCUGUUUCUGGCGCAAGAACAUGUACAAGCAGCAAGACAGACAACCAGGCCAAAGCGACCCCAUGCGAGAAGAGACACCACGUCAGAAGUCCUAUAAGAAGCUCCGAUUCCUAGAAAACGACCAGGGUGUGCCAUACACUAUAGGGAAAAUUGCUGUGGUUUGCAAAACCAUGAAGCGUGCAUUUCUUGACCUUGACAGCUUUCAUGAGGUUUCGCCGCCGGCAACAUGGCAGGGUCACGCUCUAGACUGCCAUCGCAAAGGAGUCUUUAGUGCACUGUACAAGGCUCAUCCUGAUAUUGAGUACUGCGCUGAUGACUGGAAGGCCAAUCAGAUCGCUAUCGAACGAUAUUCCCACUACCGCCAGCAUCAUCCGUGGCCUGCUGCAUGGCUAGCACCUGUCCGCCGCAUCAAGGAGGAGCCUCAGCAAAUCAUCAGCGAAAUCAAGGAUGAUCAUGCCAACGGUGAUCCCAGCUGCAGCUCUGGCAAGCCCGAACCGGCAGCUGAUGUCGAGAACAUGGACCCAGCGAUGGCUCCUUUGCCUGAUACUGCACAGAAGAGAGCCGCUCUCACAAGUGCUGAAGACCGAUGCGCAGCAAAGAAGCCCAAGAUUGGGAGAAGGAUCAUCAUAGCCAAUCCAAUUCUUGCCACAACGCAGCCCACAACAGAUGAUCUGCCCGAGAAUCUUUCAGACCAGGACAUCACUGGAAGUAGAGUCACGUUUGAUUCCGAAGGUGGUCAAGUCGGCGAGGAAAUGGCAGGAUCAAGUGUGCCUGAGAAUAUUAAUGUAACAGAGACGAUGACCGAAGGCUCCGCUCUGCCUAUUACAGCCCCCAUCAGCUCUGCUCCGACUGAAGAGGCUGCGCGCUCUGAUGACCAGGUCGCCAAGGGAAACACCGCAGCUCAGGGAGCUGCAGUGAAGAUCACUGGGAAGACUUACUGUUGCGACACUUGGAAGGCCAAGCACCCUGACUGCCAAGAGGACUUGGCUGCCUUUGAGACCUAUUGGAAGGGCCUCACUGAGGGAGAGAAAAGGAAAUUCAAUAAUCUUGCAGCCAAGGCAAAGCGUCAGCUGAAUUGGACGGUGGCGAGCACGGCGUAA